AUGACCACCCCCAAAUCCGACACUGAGCAGUAUAAAACGCUUGGAAAUGCCAUCCUUGAGCGUCAAUCAGCCGAGCUCCAGGCGCAGCUUGCAGUCUUUCAGUCAGCCUUAACCAACUUUGCGCGGGACCACGGCGAGCAAAUUAAGAACAACGCGCAGUUCAAACAGCAGUUUAUCAAGUUGUGUCAGUCCAUUGGUGUGGACCCCCUUUCGCUCUCUAACUACACACCGUCUGGGGUCAAGUUCACAAAAACCUCCAGCCACGACCGUGACGAGUACUAUAACAACUUGGCGGUCAAAGUAAUUGAGACGUGUCGCGCCACAAGAGACGCCAACGGCGGGAUCAUAUCGGUGGACGAGCUCAUAUCGCGGUUGGAAGAUGCAACGUACACACCUACGGCCAAAGAUAUUGAAAAGGCGGUCGCCGAUAUCAAGCUCCUUGACGGAUCUUUCAGUAUAUUCCCAGUCAAAAACAAGCUCUUCAUCAAGAGCAUCCCCGAAGAGUUGAACUCGGACCAGCAGGUUAUCUUUGAGACGUGCGGGUUAAUGGGAUAUGUGAGCCCCGGGAUGCUCCGCGACAACUAUGGCUGGGGUCGCGUGCGGUGUCGCGACGUGUUGGAAGCCAUGGUGCGCAAAGGCUUGCUCUGGGUGGAUGAGCCGGGACCUAAGCAGGAGGUUUUGUACUGGGAACCCUCGUGGAUCAACAUGGGAUGA